CCAAGCAUGGACGAAAAAAAUAACGAAAAGAUAAAAGAAUCCGCAAAACUUGAAGAGCACGAGCAUGUGGAACACGAAGACAUCAUCCCGCCAGAACUUGAGGCACUUUUGCACACAGAUCCACGUACAGGCCUUAAUGCAGCAGAGAUCGAUGAGCGACAAAAGACGUUUGGCAUGAACGAGCUGCCAGAACGCAAAACGAACCCAUUUCUAAAAUUCUUGCGCUAUUUUACGGGUCCCAUGAGCUAUCUGAUUGAAAUGGCCUGUGUACUCUCUGCACUGGUGAGCGACUGGCUCGACUUUGGAUUGAUCCUAGCGCUUUUGCUUGUGAAUGCCGGAAUCGGCUAUGGCGAGGAGCGUAAAGCAGAAUCGGCACUUGCCGCCUUACGACAGACAUUGGCACUCAAGACACGAUCGUGGCGAGACGGAAAACUGCAAGAAAUUGAUGUACGCGCACUGGUGCCCGGCGACGUAAUCGUCUUGCGCAUCGGCGACAUUAUUCCAGCUGACGCGCGAUUGCUUGGUCUGGGCGUGAACGGUGAGCAGAGCGAGGCCGAGUUACAGAUCGACCAGUCAGCAUUAACGGGCGAAUCACUCCCUGUUGCCAAAAUUAAGGGCAGCACUGUCUACAGCUCCAGUAUCGUUAAGCAAGGCCAGCAGCUGGCUGUCGUUACUAAAACAGGCACACAGACAUUUAUCGGUCGUGCCGCAAGUCUGAUUGCAAUCACAGCGGAGCAAGGCCAUUUUCAAAAGGUCAUUAACAAGAUCGCAAAUGUACUUGUUGUCUCGACCGUACUACUAGUGGGCAUAGUAUUAGCAUAUCAAAUGAUCAAGUACCAGGGCACCCCGGAAGGUGAUUGGAGAGUCGUUGUCAAGAACUGCUUGGUGCUUACCGUUGCUGCUAUACCAGUCGGCUUACCAACCGUCAUGUCCGUUACGAUGGCCGUUGGAGCUAAACAGCUAUCGAGAAAGAAGGUUAUUGUUAAGCGUCUCACAGCAAUCGAAGAGCUGGCGUCCGUUUCGGUGCUGUGCUCGGACAAGACUGGCACACUGACGCUAAACGAGUUGACUUUCGACGAGCCCUAUUUGGCACCUGGAUAUACCUCUGAUGAUAUUUUGCUGUAUUCAUAUUUGGCUGCUGAGCCUGGUGCCAAUGAUCCGAUCGAAUCGGCUGUACGUCGUGCAGCCGAAGACACACUGGACGUCUUGCAAAAACGCGAGGAUAGCCACAGCGUACCCGGCUACAAGGUCACUGCCUUCCAACCUUUCAAUCCAGUUACAAAGAUGACCCAAGCAACCAUCCUUAACUUGAAGAAUGAUCAACAUUUCCGUGUCGCAAAGGGAGCACCUCAGGCAAUUGUUAUCAUUGAGCUUGUAGGUGGAAACGAUGAUGCCGUGAAUGCAGUCAAUGCGCUUGCACGUCGUGGUCUUCGUGCUCUUGGCGUUGCCAAAUCCAUCCCGAACGAUCCUGAAAAAUUCGAGCUCGUCGGCAUGAUUUCCUUACUCGAUCCACCACGCACAGACUCGGCCGAAACGAUUCGAGACUGCAACAGCCUCGGCGUUGAAGUCAAGAUGAUCACGGGCGAUCAGCAUAUAAUUGCAAAAGAAGUGGCAGGCCGUAUGGGAAUGAGUCGUGUCAUCCUCGAUGCGAACCAUCUCGUGGAUCCCAGUAAAUCUGAAGAUGAAGUGACAGAGCAUUGCAAGCGCGCUGACGGGUUUGCCCAAGUAAUUCCAGAACACAAGUACCGUGUUGUCGAACUGCUUCAAAAUAAAGGCUUGCUUGUCGGUAUGACAGGCGAUGGUGUAAAUGAUGCGCCGGCGCUCAAGAAGGCCGACGUGGGCAUCGCGGUUUCAGGGUGCACGGACGCCGCACGAUCAGCUGCGGAUAUUGUUUUGCUUGCCCCAGGUCUUUCCACGAUUAUUGACGGUAUCCGCGUCUCGCGCGCCAUCUUUCAACGCUUGCGAUCCUAUGCUCUUUAUCGAAUCACGUCAACUAUUCAUUUCUUGAUGUUCAUGUUUGUUGUUACGCUGGUCGAGGACUGGAAUAUGCCUGCGAUUCUAUUGAUUAUGAUUUGCGUAUUGAACGAUGCUGCUACAUUGGUGAUUUCCGUCGACAAUACUCAAAUAUCCACCAAACCUGAUAAAUGGCGAAUUGGGCAACUCCUGACCCUUUCUACUAUUCUCUCUGUCUUCCUUGCAGGCUUAUCCUUUGGUCAUUUCUAUGUUGCACGAGACAUCUUCCAUGUUACACCAUAUGAGCUCAAUUCCAUCAUGUACCUCCACAUUUCGUCGGCACCUCAUUUUACGAUUUUUUCCACGCGUCUUCCCGGGUUCUGGUGGGAAAAUAUGCCCCAUUGGAUCUUUUUUGUAUGCGUUAUUGGCACCCAAAUCUUGGCACUGCUUUUUUCUGUGUACGGCGUUUUUGGUGAAGCCCAUGGUGUAGCACCUUGCGGUUGGGCUUGGGGACUUGCGGUGCUUGGCAUUUCUUUUGUUUACUUUAUGAUUUUGGACGUCGUCAAGGUAUACGUCCUGCGCAUUUGGAGCUUCGGCCUGACGGCUACAUUAUGCCCCACACCAGGCAGAAAGGCCAAAUUGGCAUCGCGCUUGGCAGAGACAAAAGAGAAAGAGUAUUCUGACAAGCUUUGGAACAAAAUGGCCAUUCAUGUUGCUGCACAUGAACUAGAGUAUGGGUUGCGUCAAUAAUCAUACUAGUGGUAAUUAUUAAUAAUAAUAAAAAUUUGCAUUUUCACAAUUCCAAAUUAAUGUAUGGCUGUAAUAACACUAGUUUACGAAAAAAA